UGCCUAAUAGCUGAUAUGUUGGGACUCGCCGAGUGGGUGUUUCUGGUUCUCUCUACCACUCAGUUUAUUCUAGGAAUGCUGGGGAAUGGUUUCAUAGCGUUGGUCAAUGGAAGCAGCUGGUUCAAGAACAAGAGAAUCUCUUUGUCUGACUUCAUCAUCACUAACCUGGCUCUCUCCAGGAUCGUUGUGCUGUGGGUUCUCUUGGUUGAUGGUGUUUUAAUGGUGUUCUCUUCCAAAGUACGUGAUGAAGGGAUAGUAAUGCAAAUUAUUGAUAUUUUCUGGACAUUUACAAAUCAUCUGAGUAUUUGGCUUGCCACCUGUCUCAGUGUCCUCUACUGCCUGAAAAUUGCCAGUUUCUCCCACCCUACAUUCCUCUGGCUCAAGUGGAGAGUUUCCAGGGUGGUUGUAUGGAUGUUGUUGGGUGCACUGCUCUUAUCAUGUGGCAGUGCCAUAUCUCUGAUCCGUGAAUUUAAGAUCUAUUCUGUUUUCUGUGGAAUUAUUGGCACAGGGAAUGUGACUGAGCACAUUAGAAAGAAAAGAAGUGAAUAUGGACUGAUCCAUGUUCUUGGGACUCUGUGGAACCUCCCUCCCCUAAUUGUGUCUCUGGCCUCCUACGUUCUGCUCAUCCUGUCCCUGGGGAGGCACAUGCGGCAGAUGCGGCAAAAUGGUACCAGCUCCAGAGAUCCAAGCACUGAGGCCCACAAGAGGGCCAUUAAAAUCAUUCUCUCCUUCCUCUUUUUCUUUCUAUUUUACUUUCUUGCCUUUGUAAUUACAACAUCCGGUCAUAUCCUACCAGGAACUAAGAUGGUUAAGAUGACUGGAGAAAUAAUUACAAUGUUUUAUCCUGCUGGCCACUCCUUUAUUCUCGUUCUGGGAAACAAUAAGCUGAAGCAGAUGUUUGUGGAGAUGCUCUGGUGUAAGCCUGGUCAUCUGAAGUCUGGAUCCAAGGGAUCUUUUUCCCCAUAG